UGGAUGCCUAUUUCAAUAAGUUGUACUAUACCUCCAAUUUGGGGACCUCCAGCCUGUCUCCCAAAGAUAUUUAGCACUAUUUUAUUACAAUUAAUUUUAUUAAAUACCUAAUUAUUAUAUAUUAUUAUACCCAUUUUAUUUUUUAAUUUAGAAAAAAAAAAAGAAAUUUAAUUCUCAUUUUUGUCCCUUUUUCGUCGUUCCUUCCUUUCUUUUCUUUCCUUUUUUCUUUCUUUCUCUCCCUUUAUUAUUCUUACACAUUCUCACCCUUCAAUAUUUCCCUUCUUUCCUUCCUCGUUAAGAUUCUCUCUCUGUUUUUCUUUCUCUAAUCUUAAAAUCAAUUCUUUUCUUUCAUUCAGAUCCUCCAAAUUAAUCAUCAUCCUCAGAUCGAUCGCUUUUCUCGAUUACGACAUCAAAUAUAAUAUGGCGGAGGAACACAGAUGUCAAGCACCGGAGGGUCACCGCCUCUGCGUGAACAACUGUGGCUUCUUUGGAAGUCCAGGCACCAUGAAUCUCUGUUCCAAAUGUUACAGAGAUCUUUAUCUGAAGGAACAACAAGAAGCCUCGAUCAAAACCACCGUUGAAAACUCUCUCUCCGCCGCUGCAGCUUCUGCUUCCACAUCAUCGUCAUCGUCUUUGCCUUCUCCGCGUUCGGCUCCGUCUUCGCCGCCGGUGUUUCAGAUCGAAGCUCUCUCGCCGCCUGUGCCGGAGUUGAAGUUACCGGAGAUGGCGACUGAGGCGGUCGUUUCGCAACCGAAUCGUUGUUUGGUUUGUAAAAAACGGGUCGGGUUGACCGGGUUCAAGUGCAGGUGUGGGACCACGUUCUGUGGGGUCCACAGGUACCCGGAAAAGCACGGGUGCAGUUUCGAUUUCAAGAGGGUUGGGAGAGAAGAGAUAGCGAGAGCGAAUCCACUUGUCAAAGCUGAGAAGCUAGACAAGAUAUGAUGAUUCAAUCUGGACCGUUGAUGAUGAUAUUUGGUGAAGUGGGUUUCUAGAGAAAUCGAUUAGGUUGAUGGACGGCGUUGAUCGUAAGCGAUUAUUCCAUCGUGGGGUUAUGAUCACGUAUCGAGAUGGUGGAAGAUAAUGAUCAUAUAUAUUAUAAAAAUAUAUAUUAAAUUUGUCUCUGUCUGUCUGUCUGGCUUUUUUUUUUUAAUUUUAAAAAAAAUUAACUUUGAGAAUAAGUACGGUUAUUUCAGUGGGCUUUGCAUUUGUAUAAAUUUAAAAAAGAAAAAGAAAAAAAAAUUGUGUCAA